AUGUACACUAUGAAGGUCUCUUACUUUAUCUUACCUAUUUUGCUUCUUGGCAUAUGUUUGCAUCGUCAAAUUUACGCGGAAAAUGUGGAUUUAAAACCAUGCUUUGCUGAAGACUGGAUUCGAUGCGGUAUUGCUGUCGGUAAGAUUACGAUUACAAAUGCAGCUCGAAAAAAAUUCGGUACAAAUGAUCUUCGUGGAAAAGUAUUUGUUUCAUCAGGUUUGGGUGGCAUGUCCGGUGCUCAACCAAAAGCAUGUCAACUUCUUGGUUGUGUUGGUGUUAUUGCUGAAGUAAGCGAAGAAGCUGCAAAAAAACGAUAUGAUCAAGGUUGGUGUCAAGAAUUAAUUUAUGAUCUAAAUCAAUUAAUUGCUCGUAUUCGGGAAUGUCGAGAAAAAAAAUUAGCAACAUCUAUUGGCUUUGUUGGUAAUGUUGUUGACGUUUGGGAACGUUUAGCAAAUGAAAAAGAAACACUUGUGGAUAUUGGUAGUGAUCAAACAUCAUGUCAUAUUCCAUAUCAAGGUGGAUAUUAUCCAGUUCAAUUGUCAUAUGAUGAAGCUCGAAAAUGCAUGAAAAAUGAUCCGACAAAAUUUAAAGAACUUGUUCAUGAAAGUAUUAAACGACAAAUUGCUGCUAUUGAUAAAUUAUAUGAACGUGGAAUGUAUUUUUUUGAUUAUGGUAAUGCAUUUUUACUUACAGCUAAACAUGCAGGUGCUCCGAUUGGUGGUGAUGAUGGAGAUAAAAGUAUUCGUUUUAAAUAUCCAUCAUAUGUUCAAGAUAUUAUGGGAGAUAUAUUCUCACUUGGUUUUGGACCAUUUAGAUGGGUAUGUGCAUCAGGUUUGGCAAGUGAUUUACAAGAGACGGAUAAGAUUGCUCAAGAUGUUAUUAAAGAUCUUAUGUCAAAUAAGGAUAGUAUGUAUCAAAUAUAA